AUAAAAAAAAGGUAUUUUUUAUUGUUAACAAUUUUAUUAGGAUAAAUGUGGUUCAUAGAUAUAGUUUCAAUACUGCCCUGUACUAUUUGUUAUACAAAUACUACUGUUUAGUAUAUAGUAAUGCUUAGUAUUUUCUUGUUUUGUGAUUCAAAAUAAUUAUGAAUGAAACGUCGGUGUUGCAAGAAUUAUCAGAAAUUCUUGCUGAUCCUCCUGAGACAAGAGAUAAGUGCACACAAUGCAAAAGACCAGUAGCUGUAUGUUGGUGUACAGGAUUACCGAAACGACCUGUCUGUCCUGCAUCAAGAAUUAUUAUUUUACAGCAUCCAGCUGAAGUGAAACGAUGUUUGCGAACUGCGCCUAUGCUUGCAUUAGGUUUGGAGCCUGGGAAGUGCUUGAUUUUUAGAGGGAAAAAAUUUCCACUUUCAAAGCAUGAAGGUUUAGCCGAAAUUUUAAAUGAUAAAAAUACUGUAUUAUUAUAUCCAUCUCCAGGUGCUGUUGCACUUGAUGAACUAACUCCUGUUGGUGUUAAUGGACAAAAACCAUAUAAUCUUGUUUUAUUAGACGGAACUUGGCCACAAGCAAAGGCCAUAUAUCAUUCGAGUCCAGCAUUAUGUAUUUUACGAGCUUGUAAAUUAGUUGGAGUUCCAACAAGUGAAUAUGUUAUUAGAACGCAACCAACUGAAGGAUGCUUGUCUACGCUUGAAACGGGUGCAUUUGCACUUUCCAUUUUAGAAAAUGAUCCAGAAUUAAAAGAUAAAAUGCUUGGGCCUCUGCACUAUCUUUGCAGAUUUCAGUUGGAAAAUGGUGCAGUAACUCAUCAAAGCAAAGAAUUUCUUAUAAAACAGAAAGCUUAUCCAAAGCUCAUAGGAAGAAGAUUAGCUAAACAAUUACGUAUGUUACCAGAAGAAGCUACAUAAUAUUUUUUAUUGAAUAAUUUAAAGAUAAAUAAUGUAAAUAAUUAAAACUUUUUAUUUAGA